AUGGAAGUGAUGGCUGCCCCAGCGGAGACAGUCCCAUUCACAGUAGCUGAGCAUUCAACAAAGCCAGCUCCAACACCAAUGACGUCAAGAAUGUGCUCAUCUGUGGCACAGUCAACCAGCCCUGCAGCCUUGCCAAGUAGCCCAGCCCCAAUGGGCACCUUGCCCAAUUCUGAUGUCAAGAAACCGAAGGAGAAAAAGAAAAAAUUGGACUUCACCAUCCAGGAGGGGGAAGAGGGCCGUUGUCAGAGUACAGCCCGGUUAAGUCCGGACUGCUUACACACAACUGAUGACACACCUGCCCCAUACCUGCACAGCCUGAUCAUCAUCCCUGGACUGGCACAGACAUUUGUUAUAUUUCCUUCUGCAGAGCGGCCCCGUUUUGCCGGGUAUACUGACUUUAUCAUUCCCUGGGUAGCGAGUGAGGAAGAUAACUUUCUUCUCUCACUUCCCCUUGCUGCUCAGCUGGAAUCCCUAUCGCAAUCCGCUUUGCUGGGUUCCCCCAUUGAGACUGAUCCUGUCCCCCUCGGCGUCAGCUCCAGCGAAGGCUCAGGAUUCCUCGACUUAGAGUCUGAGCAGCUCGGUACCCUGACAGCCCAUCGAUUGGAUUUGAAAGGAUUGGUGAGAGAUCUGAAGAACGGAGGGUGGAAGAGGAACUGGAAGCAAGGAAGAAAGUUGAAUGGAAGCGAGCAAAUGCACAAGAACGACAACAGCAUUGCUGAGCAGUGUUGGCAGAAGGAGAUGGUGAUGCAAAAAAAAGGUGAAGGAAGUUGA